AUGGUUUUUCUACGCUCCAUUCUCUGCGCAUCCCUCCUCCAUGCCCCCCUAUCCUACGCCCACAUGGCCAUGACGGACCCCGAGCCGUGGGACAGCCCUAGAGCCACCAAUGCGGCCGUCCGCGACUACGACAUCAAAUCGCCGCUGCAGGGCGACGGCUCCAACUUCCCAUGCCAGGGAGUACAGGAAGCCGCCUCGGCGCCGGUCAGCGCAAACUACACAGCCGGCGAGACGUAUAACAUGAUGCUCGAGGGGUCGGCGAACCACGGGGGCGGCAGCUGCCAGCUCGCGCUAUCAUACGACGAGGGCGAGACGUUCAAGGUCAUCAAGAGCGUCGUGGGCGGCUGUCCGGCCCGCGGCGAGGCGACGUACAACUUCACGAUUCCGAAGAAGGCGCCCAGCGGGAAGGCGCUGUUCGCGUGGACGUGGAUCAACCACUCCGGCAACCGCGAGUUCUACAUGAACUGCGCGGCGGUGCGCAUUCGUGGCGACGACAACGCCAGCAGCGGGAACAGCUCCAGCCUUUGCGGCCUGCCCAACCUGUACGUCGCCGGCAUCUCGAGCAUCAACAGCUGCCGCUCCACCGAGGGCGUCGACAUUGUCUACCCCAACCCCGGCGACGACGUCGAGUACAAUGGCGACGCAACCGCCUCCUCCCCC